GGCGGAGCGAGAGCAUCCCGGGUCGCGCCGGGGGCAGCGCCCUCCGCUCCGUUCUCCUCCUCCCGCCCCGGUUCUGGGCUGGCCGGCCCCGGGGUCCCUCCCCGGCACCUGCCCGGCUGCGGGACGGCCCCCCCGGGCUGGGGGCGGGCAGGGCUCCCCUCGCUCGCUCCUCUCCUCCCUCCCUGCAUCCGCAGGUGCCGCCCGGAGCAGCGGGGCGGAGGCGCCGCCGGCAGCCGGCUCCGGCCGAGGGGAUCCGGAUCGGGCAGCGAUUAAUUCGGAGCGCCGGGACGGGGCUGCGGAGCCGCCGCCGGGACCGGGACCGGGACCCUCAGCCCGCCCGGGCUCAAGAUGCAGUAAAGUGGGGAGAAGGAUUCAGAUGUAAAACUACAGCCUGACCAUGCACUGAUGAGGAAACAGCCCCAUGUACUGUGAAGCUGAUGUCAGUCAGGAGCAUCUGUGCUGUCCUCAGAGGAUACACCCUGGUGUAGAGUGGAGUAAAAGAGGGCUGAGUCUUCCUGUGCACAGAGCAUCGGCUGUGAUCUGAUGAGACUGGAGGGGAUUGCACUUCAGGAUUUUGUUGGGAACAGCUGGGAGCAGACUCCCACUCUCACAUCCCUGUGCCUGAUUUGAAGUGACAGUGAGCGGAAGCAUAAGGUAUCUCUCAUUCUGUUUGGACUCCUUGUUUACAGAAGAGUGAUGGAGAUGCUAUUAAGCACAAAAGGCAUCACCAUAUGCCUGUUUUUCUUUGUAUUGAGUUUGGCAGCAGCUAUUGAAAUACCAUUAUCAGUUUCCCAGCUUCCAACAAUCACGGAGCAAUCCCACACCCAGGUUGCCUACCCCUUUGAUGAGGACUUCACCAUUAAAUGUGAGGCCAGAGGAAACCCCCAGCCCACUUUUAACUGGACUAAGGAUGGAAAACCAUUUGAUUUAUCGUCUGACCCCAGGAUAGUCACAUCUAACAACUCUGGAACUUUCGUGAUCCAAAACCGAGGGAUCAUCAACAAUUUCCAAGGGAAAUAUCGCUGCUUUGCAUCCAACGUGCUGGGAACUGCCAUGUCAGAGGAAAUUGAGCUGAUUGUUCCAAGUGUACCAAAAUUCCCCAAAGAAAAAAUUGAGCCUCUGGAUGUGGAGCAUGGAGAUUCUGUGAUCCUGCACUGCAAUCCCCCAAAAGGCAUCCCCCCUUUGCAUAUCUACUGGAUGAAUAUUGAUUUGCAGCACAUCCCACAGGAUGAAAGGGUCUCCAUGAGCCUGAAGGGAGAUCUCUACUUUGCCAACGUGGAGGAGAGUGACAGCAGGAGUGACUACUGCUGCUUUGCAGCCUUCCCCAGGCUCAGGACCAUCGUGCAGAAGAUGCCGAUGACGCUCAAGGUUUCGCGCUUAAAGCAUGCUAAUGACUCAGGCUCACCUAACGCUGCUGUUACUAAGGCAAAUUUUAUCAAGGAAAGGAAGCCCAAACUGCUGAUCCCUCCUGAAUCUGCUGGCAGUAGCUCAUCAGUCACUGUCAUCAAGGGAGGUGUCCUGCUCCUCGAGUGUAUUGCUGAAGGGCUCCCAACCCCUCACCUCAGCUGGGUCAAGGUCACAGGAAACAUGCCCAAGGAUGAGCCAGAGACAGAGAAUUUUGGGAAGACACUGAAGAUUGACCAAGUGACAGCAGCUGAUGAGGGGACGUACCAGUGCACGGCCAGCAACCCCAUGGGCAGGGCCAGGCACGAGUUCCACGUGCAUGUGGAAGAGCCUCCCCAGUGGCUGAAGAAGCCUGAAGGUGGGGUCUACAGCGUGGGGACAAACCUGGUGCUGCUGUGCGAGGCCAUUGGGAACCCCGAGCCCAGCAUCCAGUGGAAGAUGAACGGGAUGCCCAUCGAUGGCAGGACCUUCCGAGGGAGAAUCUCCACCAGGGAGAUCAGCCUGACCAACCUGCAGCUGCAGGACAGCGCCGUGUUCCAGUGCGAGGCCACCAACAAGCACGGCACCAUCCUGGCCAGCGCCAACGUCAACGUCCUCAAUAUUGCCCCCCUGAUACUGACCCCAGAUGGGGAAAACUACGCCACAGUCGUGGGUUACAGCGCCUUCCUGCACUGUGACAUCUUUGCCUCACCUGCAGCAGAUGUCAGAUGGACUAAGGAUGACAGCGUAGAGCCCCUUUCAGCGUUUCGCUACGAGUUAAACAAGAACGGCACCCUGGAGAUCAGGGACACCAAGAAGGAGGAUUCGGGGUCCUACGCCUGCUGGGCUGCAAAUUCUGUGGGGAAAAGAGCAAUCACUGCUAACCUGGACAUAAGGGAUGCUACAAAACUUGUUGUUACUCCGAAGAACCCCCGAGUGCUGAAAUCACAUUCCAUCUUAUUGAAAUGCCAGGCUGAGUAUGAUUCCCACUUGAAACACAGUUUUAAAUUAUCCUGGAGGAAGGAUGGAGAUGAGCUGCCAGUCAACAGCACGGAAGGUGGCAGGAUAAUUCUGGACAGGGAUACCCUGUUCAUAUCCAGUGUUCUCCUGGAGGAUCAGGGGGUUUACAGGUGCGUGGCCAGCACUGCCCUGGACACGGCCGAGGCCGAGGCGCAGCUGAUCGUUCUGGAUGUUCCUGACCCACCAGAAGACCUCCAGCUCUCGGAGAACCAAAACCGGAGCGUUCGACUCUCCUGGAAAGCUGGGGCGAGCCAUAACAGCCCUGUUAAUGAAUCAAUUAUAGAGUUUGAAGAGAACCACUGGGAGCCAGAGCUGUGGCAGGAGCUCAUGAGAGUGCCAGGGAAUGACACCACAGCCCUGCUGUCCCUGUCCCCGUACGUGAAUUACCAGUUCCGCGUGGUGUCCGUCAACGCCGUGGGCAGGAGCCAGCCCAGCAAACCAUCCCUGCGCUAUGCGACCCCUCCAGCUGCUCCAGAUAAAAACCCAGAGAACAUCCGAGUUGAAGCCUCUGAACCCAAUGAAAUGGUGAUGAAAUGGGAGCCACUGAAGCCCUUGGAGAGGAACGGGCCGGGGCUGGAGUACAAGGUCAGCUGGAGGCAGCGGGGCGUGGAGGCGGACUGGAACGAGGAGCUGGUGAAGAAGCACUCCCUGAGCGUGCGGAACGUGCCCACCUUCGUGCCCUACGAGAUCAAAGUCCAGGCCGUCAAUAAUUUAGGAUCUGGCCCGGAACCAAACAUCACCAUUGGAUAUUCAGGAGAGGACUUUCCAGAUGCUGCUCCUUCCGGCGUGACGGUGGAGGUCGUGAACAGCACCCUGGUCAAAGUCUUCUGGUUUGGGAUACCGAGGGACAGAGUUCGUGGGCACUUAAGAGGCUACAAGGUCAACUGGUGGAAAACAAGAAGCAUACUGGAUGGAAAGAGGCAUCACCCCGAGAAACACUUCCUGACAUUUGUAGGGGACAGGAACUAUGGGAUGAUUCCUGGCCUGGAGCCCUUCAGUGAAUUCCGCUUGACAGUUUCGGCUUUCAACUCCAGAGGAGAUGGCCCUGAGAGCUCCCCUGUGGUUUUUGAAACUCCAGAAGGAGUCCCUGAACAACCACGUUUUCUCAGGAUCCUGAACUUUGACAAGGACUCAGUCACUUUGUCCUGGGGACUUCCCAAGAAAGCCAAUGGCCACCUCACUGGCUACAUUCUGCAGUACCAGAUAAUCAACGAGACGCACGAGGUGGGCGCCGUGAGCAACGUGAGCGUCGCCAACCGCUCGGCGCUGAGCUGGCGCCUGGCGGGGCUCAGCCCCAGCACCAAGUACAAGUUCUACAUCAAAGCCUGCACGGCCAAGGGCUGCGGGAAGGCGGCCACCGAGGAGGGGCUGACGCUGGCCCAAGGCGGUAAAGGCAGCGGCAGGAUUUCAGACGCAGUAAAGCCCACCCCAAAGUUUCAGCCCAGCGAGGCCCUUGAGCCUGGCACUGAGUACACAAUCCGCCUAGUGACUAAGAACUGGGUGGAUAACAAUAGCAUUUUUGAAGAUGUAAUUGAGACCAGGGGGAGAGCCUACGCUGGCAUUUACGAGGGGAUUUCCACCCAGGGCUGGUUCAUCGGGCUGAUGUGCGCCAUCGCCUUGCUCACCCUGCUGCUGCUGACAAUUUGCUUUGUCAGAAGAAAUAAAGGAGGCAAAUAUUCAGUGAAAGAAAAAGAAGAUUUGCAUCCAGAUCCUGAAGCUCAAUCAAUAAAAGAUGAAAUCUUUGGGGAAUAUAGUGACAGCGAUGAAAAGCCGCUGAAAGGCAGCCUCCAGUCACUUAACGGGGACAUUAAAGCCACUGGAAGUGCUGAUAGUCUGGUAGAUUAUGGAGAAGGGGAGCAUGGCAUGUUCAAUGAAGAUGGUUCAUUUAUUGGAGCUUAUUCUGGAUCUAAGGAAAAAGGAUCAGUGGAAAGCACUGGGAGCUCUACGGCGACUUUUCCUCUCCACGCCUAAAAUUGGUGUUUAAUUGUGGUGUUCAUCCUGGUCAGCUCCCCACAGUCACCUCGUGUGCUGGGGAGCAGGGUGCCAGUUGAGCCAGUCAGGAAACUCCUGACAUCCAGGUAAAACAAAAACGAGUCACUGCCACUAAAAGAUGAUUUUUCCAUCCUUAUUUCUGUGUGUUUUCUUCUGAAUAAAACAGAGUAAUUCUUUUUUCUACACGAUGUGUUAGUCUGAGCAAACCAGAGUUUGCUCUGGUGGUACAUCUGUGUCCUUGCCUGCUGCUCCAGGUGUUUCUUAGGCUUGGAAUAUGUUUCUCUGUGUAGUAUUUUUGCCCUGUAUGGCUGUGUGUGUGUGUAAAAUUCCCUCAUGGCCUUGGUUACAACCUCGAGGUUACAGCACCAACAAAACCAGGUUACUCUGCAAAGUGACACAACGAGGAAAAUUAGAAUUUAAAAUACCAGAGAAAUAUAUUCUAUAUAUUGUAUAAUUUUUUCCUAAAGAAUUAAACCCCUUUGUGUAUGAUAUUAAAAAAAACAAACUGUUUUAGUGGUUACAGCUGACGUCAAUUCCAAUACUUAGAAAUGCAGCUUUACCCACAGGAGAGUGUGGGUGAAGCUGCUGCCCAGUAGCUGGCACUAUUUCCUUAAAUAAGUUAAGCUGCAGCUCUUUCCUGUGGCAAGGCAAAACAGGGUUCCCAUCCACCAUCACUCGAAAUAUUUUUAAUUUUUCCCAGCUUCAAGCUGCAUUUCUAAGCAAACUCCUUGGUGUCUGUCUCAUAUCUGUAUAUUUGUGAGCUAGCCAACAUUUCAUGGAGACGUUGUACAUAUGAUAUUAAUAUUGACACAAGUCCAGAGCAGCCUGGUUUUAUUUUGAACUGAGACAUGUUGCUAGCAUGGGUCUGUAUAGCUGUGUAGGAAUGAGUAGAUUUGCUUCUCAAUAUGGAUUUGGACCAGCAAAAUUAGUUUCCAGAAGGAAUUGUGUGUAUAGGAAUCAUCCAAACCUCUCAUCAUUCAAGCAACACCUAAACUAGACCUACCUGAAUUUCAAGAAUUCAUUUAUUUUCAGCCUAUUCACUGUUAAAUAAAAAAAAACAAAAGCAAAGAGAAAA